CCUGCAGCCUUCUCCAUACGGAGCAGAUGCUCUGCCACUGAUCUAUGGCCCCACCCCAUAUUAUAAAGUAAAGAAUGGUUUCACUUGUUAUCAAUGUCAUGUUUUCCUUGCACAGGGCAGUACACACAGUCUCCCUCCUAUUUUAUGCUCACAACAACCUUGCAAGGUAGGCGAGAUUGAGUGAGAGCAACUGGGUCACCAGUGAGCCCCGCUAAUGAGCAGGGAUGUGAACAGGAAUCUACCUGCCCCAGUUUAUCCACUAUAGCACAUUUUACUGUCCAUUGGGAUCUGUUUUAUUAAGACUUUUGGAUGAAGGAAGCUAACAUACUUCUUGGCAACCAACCAACUAUGUCUCUUGAUCCUUCAUGGCAGGUCGAAAGACCCCUCCGUCUGGGGAGGUCCAUAUCUGGGUCAAGGACACCAAAGAUCUGCCCCAGUUACGUCCCUCCGGAGUGGGCUCCUUUGUGAAAUGCUACGUUCUUCCAGACACCAGUAAAAAGAGCUACCAGAAGACCCGCAUUGUCCAGAGGGACUCCAACCCGGUGUUUAACCACACCAUCGUGUACGACGGCUUUCAUACAGAAGAUCUGAAGGAUGCCUGUGUCGAGCUGACCGUCUGGGAUCAUGAGAAACUGACCAAUCACUUUCUGGGAGGGAUCCAGCUGGGACUUGGGACAGGCUCCAGCUAUGGGAUUGCCGUUGACUGGAUGGACUCCACACAAGAGGAGGUCGCAUUUUGGCAGGAAAUGAUGACCACGGCGAAUGAAUGGAUUGAAGCGUCCCUGCCUUUGCGCUCUCUGGCUGGAAAAAGGAAGCUGAAAUGAACAGCUGGCAGCAGCCCACAGAGGAACGGAGAACCGUUUACACAGAGAAGAGGGCCAAUGCAAAGCUGGCUGACCUCAGGAUUGCCUGUGCAAUGCACUUCGAAAGGACAAGGUAUUAUUACUCAUCCCAAGAGAGGACUGAGCGGAUUUUACAUCCCAGCUAGCUGAAAGACCUGCUGCUCGUCACCUCUCCAUCAUCUAGACCUUAGAUUUUAUUCGACUUUGGGUUUGUACCCAGAGAGCAGGGAAGAAAUGGUGUAAAUAUGUUUAUAGUUUAUUUUAUUACAGUGUCCAUGAUGCUG